AAAGUCAAGAUGGAGGGGUCGUCGAUACUCCCGUCCAAUCAAUUGGACAAACUGGAGAACUUCAAGUCGUUUGCCUGGAAGAGCAAUGCGUUAGUCAACGAAAAAUAAUAUACAGCCAGAGUGCAGAGUUAGAAAGAUUACACAAUUAAUCAAUGGGACGACACUAUAUAUUUACUUAUUUAUUUGUCGGUAUGAUAAUUAACCAAAAAACUCAUGUAUAUCUUUGAGGUUUCUGAAUAAAUAUUUCAGCUCUCUGCAAUCCCUCUGCUAUUGUGUCAGUUUUUCUAUCAUUUAUGUUAGUCUCCAUAAAAUAGCAUCUUAACUCGUAAUCAUUUAAAGUUCAUCAUUGUAAAGUGAGUAGAUACUUAGCGGUUUAUGUUGUUUUUGAUAGCUUACAGUGAAUUUCAACUUAAUUAACAACAGAGAUGUGAGUUAACUUUUGCCACCUAUCCUCGAUAUACAAUGAGCCGCCAAUAAUGGUUACAUUUGAUAAUUUCAAAUUCAAUUUCUGUUGGAUCUUUGACGACCAAUUUUUCAGUUUAAGUUUCAAAAAGAAGUCAAAAGACAGCGUGUUGUUUUCAAAGUUAUUCCUAAAUCCAAUUCCACUUGAGUUUGUUUUAGAUAGGUAUUUUUUUAACUAUACUUUCAGUUAAUAUUAAGAUUUCACAUAAAAUGCAAUUUUUCUUUUUUUUUAACUUUAUUUCUUACAAAAGGUGAGAUAAAAAGUAAAAUUAUUCGCAAAUAUUAGAUUCGAAAUUGAAAAUAUAUAAAUUGAUGGAAUUCUUAAUGUAGGGGAAUGACAAUAACAACUGGAACAGUUGUCAUAACAAAAGACCAGACCAACCUCAUCGGAAUAAGUAUUGGUGGUGGAGCGCCACUAUGCCCAUGUCUUUACAUUGUUCAAGUUUUUGAUGGCACGCCUGCAGCAAAAGAAGGCUCGCUCCAGAGUGGAGAUGAAUUAGUAUCAGUAAAUGGAGUAAACGUCAAAGGCAAGACAAAAGUAGAAGUAGCUAAAAUGAUACAAGUCGCAACAACAGAAGUAACCAUUAACUAUAAUAAACUUCAUGCUGAUUUGGAGCAAGGAAAAUCCUUUGAUAUUCUUCUGAAGAAAAUCAAACAUCGAUUUGUAGAGUCAAUGUCUAGCAGCACUGCCGAUUCAUUAGGACUAUCAAGGGCAAUAUUAUGCAACGAUUCGUUGGUUAAACGGCUUGAAGAAUUGGAAGGAACUGAAUACAUGUACAAAGGUUUAGUUGAUCAUGCUAAAAGAAUGUUGAAAGCCUACUUUGAUUUAUUAGCAACUUAUAAACAAUUUGGUGAUAUUUAUGCAGAGAUAAGUGUUAAAGAGCCUCAAUUGAGGGCGUCGGAGGCUUUCCGUAUUUUCGCAGAAUUACACAGAAGUUUUGAAAAAGACGGAGUAAAAAUGCUCAAGGCAAUUCAUCCAAUUCUAGCUGAUAUUGGCACUUAUUUGAACAAAGCCAUUCCAGACACAAAGUUAACGGUUAAAAAAUACGCAGAUGCUAAAUUUACAUAUCUUUCUUAUUGUUUGAAAGUCAAAGAGAUGGACGAUGAAGAACAUAGUUUUGCCUCUCUUCAAGAAUCAUUGUAUCGUGUUGAAACUGGAAAUUAUGAAUACCGUUUGAUACUAAAAUGUCGCCAAGAGGCUCGUUCAAAAUUCGCACAACUUCGUAAUGAUGUUUUGGAGAAAAUGGAGCUUCUCGAAAGUAAACAUGUCAACGAUCUAACAAGACAAUUGCGAAGCAUUUUGGAAUGCUUUGCUGAAUUGCAUAAAAUGUCAGUUGAUCGUUUGGAAGAAACGCCAAAUUUAUUUCCCAUUGAAGUUGAUUUUAAAUCGUCUGCAUUUGAAUAUAAGUCCGAUGUACUUACUCCACAUGUCGAUGAAGAAGAUACCAAUGAAGAGGAAGUAACAAAAGCAGUAGAAGCAGUUGAAGAUCCAGUUAGUAUUAUAGAUCUACUCGGAACAAGCAACGAUUCAAACCAAAUUCCAGCUCAAGCAAAACUAUUAGAAAUGCCUUCAGUAUCGAAUACGAUUCUUCCUUCAACGUCAACAUUAACUCCUGCACAUGCUGGUGAGGAUUUACUUAAAGAACUGGGUUUGUUUGGAUUGGACAUGAGUGCUGGCCAAGAUGGACCAAUAAAAUCAUUCCAAGGAAAUGAACCAUCAACGAGUAGGGCAGCACUUGUUGAUUUGUUGCUUUAAAAUAGGGAAUAUUAAAAGAAUAUUGGUUUUGACUGAAACAAUAUACAAAAUUGUAAAUUUUAUGAUCUCUGCUAUAACAUUGUCCAGUAGAACUUAGGUAUUUUUAUAAAAAGUGCAUACAUUUAAAUUGAAGAAAAAUUAAAAUAUAUAUACCUGCAUUAACUUAAACAUAUUAAUUUAUAUAUGGAUGUUGACUUAAAAUAAUGUAAAUUACGA